CAAAACAGUGAAACCAUGGCGUUCGCAUCCGACUGGAACCAGUUGUAUAUAGCUCAUUGCACCGCAUUUGUUUAAGUGCGCCCAUCAGAGAGGAUCCUAGUUGUAAUAUCUUGUCACAUACUUUAUUGAAUAUCGCUUACUUGUAAAGUACCAGACGGCGUAUAUACACAAGCCACGAUGAAGUUGUCCAUAAGUAUACUUGUAUUUGUCUCGAUAGCGAGACAAGCUAAAGCGCUCUCCCUUGACUGUGUGAAGAGUGAUGACGGACUUAGUUUGACGGCAACAUUUAGAGCAGUUGGCGGCGGUACAAUAAAUCAGAUUGAAGGUAUACAUGGUACAAAUGGUGCUACAGAUAAAUGUGUAUCUACUCUCGUCACUUCCGGUGGUUCAACUGCGCAUGAACUAAGCAUCACGGUAUUGCUGAGUACAGGGAUGCAGACAGUGCCGACAAUAGGGACUUCAGACUGUUUCGUCACGGCAAUUAGUUCUGAGUACAAUGCAGUAAAAGACAGUUCAGGAUUAAACUGA